UUAAUGUAUGUACUUAAAUCUUACCCGUUUGUCGAUAAUUUGAGAUUGGUAUUUGAUUUGAAAUUCGGUCGGAAUCAUACUUCAAAAGUUAUCUAAAGACUCCUGCAAAAUAAACAGUGUCAAGAUUACAUUUACUUCAACGACACAGUGGACAUGAUUUAAGUAAAUGUUAGGGAUGUCUCACUUCUUUUAAAUAUCUCAAUUUUGUGGAAUAUAACAAACAUGACGGACUUUACGGAGGAACAAAUUCAACAGUAUCGCGAAGCGUUCAGUCUGUUUGACAAUGACGGAGACGGGACCAUUUCCACGGCGGAGCUGCAGACGGUGAUGCGGUCCUUGGGGCAAAAUCCUUCCGCUAACGAGCUUCAGCAGAUGGUCAAAGAGGUCGAUACGAACGGAAACGGCAAAAUAGAGUUCAGCGAGUUUCUGCAGUUGAUGGACAAGAAUCUCCGUAACAUCGAGCCCGAGGAACUCAUCAGAAGUGCAUUUGACGUCAUUGACCAACACGGGGAUGGGUUCAUCACAUAUCAGCAGCUGAGACAUGUGGUACACGAGAUGGAGCUGGGCUUCACUGACGACGAUCUACGUGACAUGAUCACAGAGGCGGACACUGCCGGGGACGGCCGCGUUAGUUACCAGGAUUUCAUGAGCAUGAUGACCAACAACUUUUAACUGCGGUCUUCCCCGAGGGUUCAAUAUUGGUUAUGUUUAUGCGUGUGUUUUCUUGUAUGUUGUAUUGCUUUUGACUUGUUGGCGCAUUUUUAAAUAAAGUUUAUUUCUCGAUUACUUUUGAAAUUCAAUACGAAUUAAUUGACGAUGGAUUCGACCUAGCAACAUGCUACUUCAGUGUUCAUAGCUAUUAGGUACGAAAACUGAGCUAAACGUUCACAUAAUACUAGCAAAACCUCAGCCCCUACAUGCGCCUCAACAAGUCAAAGGAUUAGUAAGUGAACUGUUACUGUUAUCAUGACCACGUGCCGGUGUUCUGCAGGAAUUAUGGAAAUGUUCGAUGGCGCUAAGGAGGAUAUCCACUUCAGUGUUGAGGCCAAGGUAGAUGUCCCUGAUAUUAUAGCGCUAACUUCCUCACCGUUUUAUCUUUUUGCACCACGUGUUUUGUUAAAACGAAAUGAUUUGUUUUAUGACUGUUAAGAUUGAUGUUAUUGUUUUUAUUUCAUAAUACCGUACAAUAUCAUCAUAUCAUAGUUGUGUUUAAAACCACUAUUACAUGAGUUGUUAUGUUUAUGUAUUUGUUAAAUAAAACUAACAUCACUGA